AGUCUAGUGCAGUAGACUAGUUCUAGUCCCUUUUAGUUCCGGACGCAUCAGGUAAACAUGGCGGCCGAGGGAGAUGUCGAUUUGGACUUGGAAGCCGAAGAAAAUUGCACUGGAAAACCAGCAGAAAAGCCUCGGAAACAUGACAGUGGGGCAGCUGAUUUGGAAAGAGUUACUGAUUAUGCCGAAGAAAAAGAAAUAUCAAGUUCGGAUUUGGAAACGGCGAUGUCCGUAAUUGGCGACAGAAGAUCCAGAGAACAGAAAGCAAAACAAGAACGGGAAAAAGAACUGGCUAAAGUCACAAUCAAAAAGGAGGACGUAGAACUCAUCAUGGGCGAGAUGGAGAUUCCGCGAGGCGUGGCUGAGCGGAGUUUAAGGGAACACAUGGGCAACGUGGUGGAGGCUUUGAUUGCGCUGACCAACUGAGAAGCUUACAAGAUCACUAUGGCAACGUCUUACAUCUCCAACGCUCUGAAGAAUGCCCCAGUGCCCAUUAUUUCUGCCCUGCCUCCUCCAACAGCUACAGGGACUUUAUUUCCAUUCCACAUCCCCAUCCCCCUGUGUAUUUGAUUGGAUGAAAUAAAAUGACUUUUUAUGAGAAAAA